AUGUCCAGUAAAUAUAGUGCCCUUCCAGAUAUCGACACUCAACAAGAUGUCUAUGAGACACCCGAUUCUCCCGAGGAUGUAGAAGUUGAAGACGAUGAAUAUUUAAAUAUUGAAGAACCUAACGAGGAUAUUAUUAGUGAAAAGAUAAUUGUAGGGGAUACCAUAGGUAAAUUUAAAGAAACCCCUGGUGAAGCAAAUGAGACAGAAGCAGAAAAAGCGAAUCGUCAUAAGAAAAUAUUGUAUAAACAAUAUAUUAAACGUACCGCUUUAGAUACAAAUGAAUAUGAAAUUAUUCCUAAGGACCCAGAAUUAAAAGAAACUCCCUUACAAAAGUUGCAUAGAUUGAUGUUCGAAGUACAAGAUUUAGGUGAAGAGAUCGAAAAAAAUAAGGAUAAAGAAACUCCAAAAAAACCUCCUCAUAGUGCUCUGCUUUCACAAAUAUCAAGCCUACAAAAUGAUCUUACUCGUAUUGGUCAAACUUUGGGAGAAACCGAUAUUUCAGUUGAGCAAGAUGGCACUAUAAUAAAGCAAACUGAAUUGGGUAAAAAAUUGAUUCAUCAACUGCGAACAUUUAAAAAUAUUGGAUUACCUAAAGAGAAUGGUAAAUCUGAUAAAGCUGGUGAUCAUGUUAACGGGCAUAGCGAACCCGCCGAAAAUGGGAAAAACAUGGUUACAUAUGAAUUAUUUUAUUCACCUGAAACCGCACGAGUUCAUACGUUAGCUAAAACUACAGAACUUGAUGAGCGUAUUUCUACGUUGGAAAAACUUCUCGGUACUGCUCACGGACAAAAUUUCGAGGACCUUUCAACUUCGAUAACAAAUACCAACCUUCUUGCGGAAGUGGAUAAAUUAGAUCAACAUAUGCAGAUUUUAGCACAACCACGUCAUUUGGAGUCUGUAUCUAGAAAGGCGAAAACCUUGGUUAAUGAAUUAGAAAAGGUGAAUGAAUUAAGAAAUAAAGAACUUGCUAAUGGAGGAUUUAUCACAUAUGAGACAGAAGAAAAGAUCAACUAUCUUUUUGCUCUUUUAGAUAAAGUUGAUCCGCUUAUGACCAUUGCACCUUCUUUGGUUAACCGUUUGAAAUCAUUGCAACAAUUACAUCAAGAAGCAGCAGUGUUCAGUGAAACUAUUAAAAUGUUAUCUUCCGAGCAAAACAAAAUAAGUGAAGAAGUAAAGAAUUUGGAUGAAGUAACUGGAAACGUUAAUGAUGAUGCUAUUCAACGUAAUAUUGAGGCUAUGGAUUCCCGUAUCUCUGAUUUAACUCAACGUUUAGAUAAAUUAUUGGUUAAGAAAUGA